CAUUCCUGCCAAGAAAGCAACCGUAAAAACCGAACACCCGCGACAGCCACUGAGCCGCGAGGGGGUGGAUAUGGCAGCCCUUGCCGCCCACCACCACCGCCUCUAUUCCUCCUCCGCCGCGGCUCCAGCUCCUGGCCGCCGCCUCCGCUUCUCCCCGCGUCCUUCUUCCCAUGGCCGUUUCAGCUCCAGAGCCGCGGCCCGCGUCCUCACGCGCGCCUCGGGCGGCGGCGGCGGCACCAGCACCAGCAGCGCGGCGGCCCCACCCGCCGCGGCGGCGACGACGGCGUCGUUGUCCCUGGAGGAGCUGCGCCGGGGCUGCACCACCUGGACGUGGCGCGGGAUGCGCGUGAACUACCUCGCCAGGGGGCAGGGCCCGCCAAUCCUGCUCGUCCACGGCUUCGGCGCCUCCGUCGCGCACUGGCGCAGGAACAUUGGGGUGUUGUCUGAAUCCUACACCGUCUACGCGAUCGAUUUGCUGGGUUUCGGCGCCUCGGACAAGCCUCCUGGGUUUUCUUACACGAUGGAGACAUGGGCUGAGUUAAUCCUGGACUUCUUGGAGGAGGUCGUGAAGAGGCCCACGGUGCUCGUAGGCAAUUCUGUCGGGAGCCUCGCAUGCGUCAUUGCUGCUGCAGGUUCCAAUCCGCCAAUAUCUUGUAAAUUAGACGUUGUUCGGGGCCUUGUGCUGCUGAACUGUGCUGGUGGCAUGAACAACAAGGCGAUCGUCGAUGACUGGAGGAUCAAGUUGCUCCUGCCUCUGCUCUGGCUGAUCGACUUCCUGCUGAAGCAACGGCCGAUAGCAUCGGCACUGUUCGAGCGGGUGAAAGGCAGGGACAAUCUGAAGGAUAUCUUGCUCUCUGUUUACGGGAACAAAGACGCCGUGGACGACGAAUUAGUCGAGAUCAUAAGGGGACCGGCUGACACGGAGGGCGCCCUGGACGCGUUCGUGUCGACGGUGACGGGCCCGCCGGGGCCGAGCCCGAUCGCGCUGAUGCCGCGGCUGGCCGACGUGCCCGUGCUGGUGCUGUGGGGCGACCGGGACCCCUUCACCCCGAUCGACGGGCCCGUGGGGAAGUUCUUCUCGAAGCUGCCGUCCGAGCUCCCCAACGUGACGCUCCACAUGCUGGAGGGCGUCGGCCACUGCCCGCACGACGACCGGCCGGACCUCGUCCACAACAGGCUGCUCCCGUGGCUCGACGGCCUCCCGCCGCCCGCGGCCGAGGCGGCCGGCGCUGCGGCGGUCUAGUCGCCGAUGUCCUGUAGUGGUGCAGACGCUGGAUGUGCAUGAGAGAUGAUCUUUGUUUCGCUUCGACGCAUGUUCUUCACUGAAAUUCUGUAUUUUUCUCUUUUGGUGGAGAAAGCUUAACGAGAUUUUGAUCCGGGCCCGCGCUUCGUAUUGUACGCACGGCCCAACAUGAGUUUAGGCGGCGGCCACUUUUUGGGUU